GAUGGACGUCUCGUCUCCUGAGCUCGUCAAGUCGGCACCAUCGAAAAAGGAACGCAUCUCCUUCCGAGACAACCCCGUCCAGCUGAGCGGCGGCUGGGGAGGGGGCAGGAAGAGGGAUAACGUGUACAAACGCGCGCGGACAACGGUGAGGGAUGAUGGAGUACAUGGAGGACAAGUUCGCCCUGAAGAGUCAAGCGAUGAAGCAGGCGGCCAGCGACUACUACAUGGACCAGGUCAUGGAGAGCCUGGACAGCGCGCAGUACUUCGCCAAGUCCUCGCCGAAGUGCGCGCAGGCCUUCGGGCUGCAGAGCGGCGGCGAGCAUCGCUCCUCGCCCUGCGGAGACCAGAGCGGCGGUUACGGCGUCCCGAAGGCGGACGACGACGCGCUGCACUCGGACCUCGGCAGGCCGAUGGACAGCUGCUGCACGCUGGGCCGCGCGUCCCCGGCGACGAGCGGCGGGCCGGACAAGGCGACGGACCUGGACGACAUGGGCGACAAGUGCGACAGCAACGUGUCCAGCAGCAAGAAGCGGCGGCACCGGACGACGUUCACCAGCGCGCAGCUGGAGGAGCUGGAGAAGGUGUUCCAGAAGACCCACUACCCGGACGUGUACGUCAGGGAGCAGCUGGCCAUGCGCACGGAGUUGACCGAGGCCAGGGUGCAGGUGUGGUUUCAGAACCGACGGGCGAAGUGGAGGAAGCGAGAGCGCUACGGGCAGAUCCAGCAAGCCAAGACGCACUUCGCGGCCACCUACGACCUGUCCGUGUUGCCGAGGACCGACAGCUACACGCAGAUCUCCAACAACCUGUGGCCGAGCCCGGCCUCCGGCGGCCCCGUGGUCUCCUCCUGCGUGCUGCCCCGGGGCUCCCCGCCCUGCGGCGUCGCCUCCUACUCGCACUCCCCGCGCUCGGCCGCCGGCGCCGCCGACCACGGCUACGUGGGCUUCCCCAAUCAGCAGAACCAGUUCGGGCACGUGUCCCUCAACAACUUCUUCGGCGCGGACUCUCUUCUCACGCCGGCCGCCAACGGCCACCACGCCUUCGAGACCAAGCCCGAGUUCGAGCGGCGCUCGUCCAGCAUCGCCGUGCUGCGCAUGAAGGCCAAGGAGCACGCGGCCAACAUCUCCUGGGCCAUGUGAUCGAAGGGGUUUCUGUGCCCGGAAAGUCUGGAUGAUGUACGGAAAAAAGAGUUCGUUAGAGAAUGUGGGGGUUGCUCAACAAGCCUGAAAUCGUACAGUAUACUUUUAAAAAAGCUCAGUGACUCACAAAUCUUGUCAUCUACGGAUCAGGUGACACUUCUCUGUUGUUUCAGCCAUUGAGCGACUUGGCCACUUCCACAACCAUACCCCUGCUUUUUAGAUCUGCAUCAUGUAUAAGUCGUUACUAAAAUUUUGAUCUACUGACUCAAGAAACAGGGCCUGGAUAAAGACGAGCGGAGAAUGUGUCGGGAUCUGUGGCUUUUAUGAUCUCCAGACAGAAAUCUUUACACAAUGUUGCACGAAAAGAGAUUAACAGCCGCGGUCCGGGCGUGAUGCAGAUCUGCAGCGUGACCACACUGGUGUUAGCGUUAAAUUACCUGAUCGCGAAGUUUAAAAAAAAAGAAAAGAAGACGCCUUCGAUGUAGCUCACCGCGGGCAGCACACUCGUAUCAUGCAGACUUUCAGGGUAACGUCCCCAUCAGGGUUUUACAAACCACGAACUGUACAAAGGCUUUCUGGUCGGACCAGACGGUUGACGAACCCGCCCUGACGGAAUGUUGAGAGCGGUGAUGUGAAGAAGCCUUCUGUGGCGUCCUUCUGCGAGGUCUCUUGUCGAGACGGGAAGAAGUGAAAGGCAGGUAAGGCAAGAGAACUCAAGACUCCGGUAGGAUCCAGUCCUGUUCUGGGUUGAUGUGGACCCAGAGGGGAGGGGGGGCCCAAACCACUACCCGGUUUUUCUAAGCACUGUGAAAAAGGUUUCUCUACCUGCGACCGUUCGCCUUCCUCCCUCGUGCCAGCUCAGGGCCGAGGACGGCGAACCGAAACUCGACGUACUAACGUGUCCGUGUGCUUUGCAGCAAAGCUCUGUAAUCUCUUGUCGUCCGCCUCGGUACUAUAUCACGGGUACGAGUCACGGGCGGCGGAGGCAGGUUUUUUUUUCUUUAAUAAUAUUGUGUUUUGUGUUAUAACUUUAUCCGGUGAAAGCAUAAUAAAUGAAUGUCACUUGAAAUCCA